GGGAUGAAGGCCCCGCUGAUGAUGGUGGCCGUCCAGAUCGCAUUGGCCGGAGCCAACGUACUUAGCAAGCUCGCAGCAAGCGACGGGAUGAACCUGAUGCUCGCCGUCGCCUACAGCUUAACUAUUGCAACGGGCGUCAUGGGCCCUAUAGCUUUCUUCUUAGAAAGGAAGAAGAAGCCAAAGAUAACGUGGACGGUACUUGUGCAAGCCUUCUUUUGUGGCCUAUUUGGGGCCUCAAUGUUUCAGAAUUUGUACCUAGCAAGCUUGUCAUUGACAUCGGCAACCUACGUCUCGGCCAUGGCCAACCUCGUCCCGGCCGUAACCUUUGUCUUGGCUAUUUCUUUUGGGUUGGAGAAGGCGAGGCUGAGGACGGUUGCAGGGAAGGCAAAAGCCGCGGGAACAUUAAUGGGGAUUGGCGGGGCGAUGCUGCUCACCUUCUACAAGGGCGUGGAAGUCAACCUCUGGUCAACGCACGUGAACCUAUUGCACCAUGCGGCGGCGACCCAGCAGCGCCCGGAGGGUUCGAGCAAUCGCCUCCUUGGCUCGCUUUUGGCCGUGGCCAGCUGCUUCUGUUGCGCUUUGUGGUUUAUCGUUCAGGCCAAGAUGAGCGAGGGGUUCCCAUACCAUUACACGAGUACCAUGUUGAUGUGCUUCAUGGGAUCAAUCCAAGCAGUGGCUUACGCAUUGUGCAGAGAGAGGGAUUGGAGCCAAUGGAAGCUCGGAUGGAACAUCGGGCUCCUUACCGUAUUAUACUCGGGGAUCGUUGCUUCCGGGUUGUGCAAUGUUUUGGUCGCAUGGUGCGUACGGAUGAGAGGACCGGUGUUUGUGUCGGUUUUUAAUCCUUUGAUGCUGGUGACCGUGGCCUUGGCAGGGUCCUUCCUUUUGGACGAAAAGUUGCACCUGGGAAGCAUCCUUGGGUCAGGGCUCAUAGUGCUGGGUCUUUAUGGGGUGCUGUGGGGCCAAAGAAAAGAGAUGGAGGGUGUGGUGGAUCAGUCAAUGCUGCCGUCGAGCAGCCGCUCCGGUGAAUCUCUACCCGGCGAUAGCGAUUCCGAGAGGAUGAAUCGUCAUUGA